AUGGCUGUUACCCUCGAAGUUUCUCCAGCGAGAAAACGCCGUCUGUUCGGAUCUCUAGAGUCUCCAAAGGUGUCAGAUGCGAAAUUAACUCGGUCACUGUUCCUCGCGUGUCAGGAGAUUUCUCUCAUGCAGCCUCUCCGUUUCAUCCUGAGACGGAACUCUCUCUCAAUCAUACGCAAGGUGAAGAUAUUAGCGGCGGUUUUCGAUGAGCUUCUCCGAUCAGAGAUGGUUUACUCGCAAUCCGCUCAGCUCUGCUUCGAGGAACUGCAAAUCGUGAUGCAGCGUAUGAAGGCUUUGAUUGAGGAUUGCUCAAGGGCAAGCAAACUCUGGCUACUCUUGCAGAUCGAAAACAUUUCCUUCAGUUUUCACGAGCUCGUCACCGAUUUAUCCACCGUUCUCGAUAUUCUACCGGUCAAGGACUUUCGUCUCAGCGACGACGCCGAAGAUCUCAUCAUUCUCCUCAGAAAACAAUGCUCCGGUUCUGUUCAGUUCAUCGAUCCACGCGACGAUGCUCUCCGUCGGAAAGUGACGGAUACAAUCGAUGGAAUCAAGCACCAGAUCUCCCCAAAUGAAUCGAGGCUCAUCGAGAUUUUCAGCGACCUGGGUUUUCACGAUUCCGCUAGCUUGACGGACGAAAUCCAGAGAUUGGAGGAUGAAACUCAUGAUCAGAUCGACGAGAGAUCCAAAUCCUCAGCCGCAUCUCUCAUCGGACUCGUGCGUUACACAAACUGCGUUCUGUACGGCCCCUCGACGCCAUCACCUAGUCCUGAUUUCCGCCGCCACAAGUCGUUAUCAGACGCAAACAUCCCGGCGGAUUUCCGGUGUCCGAUCACACUGGAGCUUAUGAGGGACCCGGUGGUGGUUUCCACCGGCCAGACGUACGAUCGUGAGUCGAUCGAUCUCUGGAUCCAAUCAGGUCACAGCACUUGCCCCAAAACAGGCCAGGUCCUCAAGUACACCAACCUCAUACCUAACCGUGCCUUGAAGAAUCUGAUCGUGAUGUGGUGCCGUGAUCAGAAGAUACCGUUUGAGAUAUACGAAGACGGCGGCGGCGUAGGGUCUCAUGCUCCGUGCAAGGAGGCGGUGGAGUUUACUAGGAUGUUGGUUUCGUUCCUGAUCGAUAAGCUCUCCGUGGCUGAGUCGAACGAUGUCGUCUUCGAGCUCCGCGCUCUCGCCAAAUCAGACUCGGUGGCCCGAGCCUGCAUAGCCGAGGCUGGAGCCAUACCGAAGCUGGUUCGCUAUCUAGGCUCGGACUCCUCGAGCCUUCAGAUAAACGCCGUGACGACGAUCCUCAACCUCUCAAUCUUGGAACAGAACAAAGCGAGGAUCAUGGAAACAGACGGAGCUUUAAACGGCGUUAUCGAGGUUCUGCGUUCGGGCGCCACGUGGGAGGCUAAGGCAAACGCCGCCGCGACUUUGUUUAGUUUGGCUGGCGUCUCAGCUUACAAAAGAAGACUCGGGAGAAAAACACGUGUCGUAAGCGGAUUGGUUGACCUGGCGAAACAGGGCCCUACGAGCUCGAAAAGAGACGCGCUCGUGGCGAUCCUGAACCUGGCUUCGGAGAGGGAGAACGUAGGAAGGUUCAUCGAAGCUGGAGUAGUGGAGGCGGCCAGAGAUGCAUUCCGAGAGCUGCCGGAGGAGGCGGUGGCGGUUGUGGAGUCGGUCGUGAGGAGAGGAGGUCUCAUGGCGGUGUCCGCGGCGUUUGGUUCGAUACGGCUAUUGGGAGAGAUGAUGAGGGAAGGGGCGGAUACGACGAGGGAGAGCGCGGCGGCGACGCUGGUAACGAUGUGCCGGAAAGGAGGGUCAGAGCUAGUGGCGGAAAUGGCGGCGAUUCCAGGGAUAGAAAGGGUUAUAUGGGAGAUGAUUGGGACGGGAACGGCGAGGGGAGGAAGGAAAGCGGCGUCGUUGAUGAGGUAUUUAAGGCGAUGGGCCGCCGGAGAUACCCAAGAGACGGUGGUGGAGACGCAGAGCAUCGUUGUGCCAACGCCAAAUAGGUUAUUUAAUCCCGUUUUAUAA